AUGUCUUCCACAAAGUCCCUUCUUGCAUCCAUCCUCGCCAUCGCUCCCUUGGCUCUGGCUCAAGAUCCAUCAUGCGAUUGCUAUGUUACCAAGGGCGAUAGUCCCCAGUACUACACAAGCCACUCAUUCUUUGACUUCCGUUCCCUCUCCCAAUACGCUGGUGUUCCUCCCCUCAUCGACUCAAUCCAAGGCAACGCUGAAGCAGACUUUUCUUCAGCUUUCUUCAACUGGGAGUCUGAGUUUGCUCAAAGUUGGGGUCCUCAGAAAUGGAACAACGGAAACGAAGAGUUUCCUAUGCAGAAUACUUAUAACAACUUGUACAUUGAGGAGAACAAUGACGUCUCUCCUGCGAGUGAUACGUGGUUAACGAUGAGAACUGCUCGUCACAAUGGCUUCCAAACCGCCUCUGAGUUUGAGUCCCUUGAGAAGCAUCAGUAUGUCUCAUUGAGAAUGUAUGCUCGCACCAAGGGUUCGCCCGGUGCCUGUACAGCAAUGUUCACCUAUCUCAACGGCGGCUCCCUCGCCCUCGUCCAAGAAGCAGACAUUGAAGUGCUCACCAAAGAUGAUCCCACUAUCAUCCACUACACAAAUCAACCCUCCUACACCGACGAGGGCGGCGAAGUCGACGGCGCUCACCUAGCAGCCACACUCCCCGACGGUCUCAAGUGGACGGACUGGGCAAAGCACACUAUCGACUGGACGCCCGAUGCGACGAUCUGGAAGGUCAAUGAUAAAGAGACCUGGCGUAAUGCGUUCCAAGUGCCCAGAGAUCCGGCGCAGUUGAGCUUUAAUGCCUGGAGCAAUGGAGAUACGUGGACAGGUACUAUUCCAGAGGGUGGUGCGGCGUAUCAGCAGAUUCAGUGGAUUGAGGUCUUGCAUGGACGCACGGAGCAGGGGGCUUGUAAAAGGGUCUGUAGUGUUGAUGAGGGUGAGGCUGGUAAGGCUGUGCCUGUUUAG